UGAACUCCCCAUGACUGGAACAGAGAGAGGUCAGGGGAGGAGAGCACCCUCUUUCCUGUUAUGUGGCCACAUGUCUUUAAACCUAUUCACAUACAUACGUGGAACAUUCUUCAGUAUCCCAUCCCUGCAAAACAAACUAUAUCCAGACAUUUGGGGUGGGGGUGUGCUUAGGGUGCAAUUACAUUUGAACCAGGAUUUCAACCCAAAGCUCUUGAACUGGAACCUCAGGCUGUUUUAUGCUGUGUAAGACAGAACGUGGCAUCCUGAGAAUCUCUGCUUAAUUCUUUUAGAACAACACACUAGUCCCUAGUGAUAAGCUUGGAAACACAGGACAGGGCUGUCUUGGUAACAGGAGGCGGACUGGGCCUUGCCUGGCCAGUGAGGUCUUGAUGCAGCAGAGUGGCUUCAGUUUCGGGGUUAAGCUCUGCCUCUGCCAGGAACUCACUAGGCCCUAGGGGGUCCUUUUUGGCAGUCAUUCACUUCAAAGCUUUUUGUGCCUCAUCUGCAGAACUGAUGUGAUCCUUACUGGCCUAGCUUAGAGAGCCAUUAUGAGGAUUACAGCAAGAUAGCAUGCGUGAAGUCAUGUGGGUGCCACAUAAAAGGGCUAUAUGUUGAUUUUGAUUGUUCAAAAUAAGCAGCUACUGUUAGCAUCUUGCAGAAAUUGUUUUUUAUAUCCUGUUUUGUGGACCACAUUUCCUGAUCAUCAUUUGUCUAGAGAAGAUUGGGGGAGAAGAGAUUGCCAAAUUAGUUCAGCUAUGAUGGAUAAUCUUAGUAAUAUUUUAAGUUAGAUAAACUAGAUAAGGUGAAGCUUCCAGUUAGAAACUCAGCACUAGCAGUUUGUGUUAUCUGCGGUCCCGAUUCCUGGCUUGCACAAUGGGUGGCCUAUUGACCCAAACGCAACCUGCUGGUGACCUACUAAUAGCCCACCAUGGGCUUAGUCAAUCUCAGUUUUGGGUUCCCGGCUGAGCACUGCAAAACUGAUUGGAAAGUGUGUGUGCGCUUGUUUUAAAAUGCCUUACACAACACUAUCAAACUGAUAGUUAUGUAAAUUCAACUAACAAAUAUACCCACAAUGUAACUGGCUGUGUUUAACUCUAUAGAUUCUUUAUACAACCACUGAUUCAUUUGUACAUACGUGGAACACAAAAGCUUCUAUUUGGACAUUACGUAUAUAAGAACUGAUCUAUUUGUAUUUCCUGUUCUAAAUGUUGGUCCUUAACUGCUUCUACUCAACUAGAUAAUGUGAAAAGAGUUAUGUUUAUAUGAUGUAUAAAGAAUUUAUAUAGUUAAACACAGCCAGUUACGUUGUGGGUAUAUUUGUUUUUAAACGCCUGGCAGGCCCCAGCCGAGAUCUAAGGGAGCUACAUUCAGCCCAGCAGCUUUGACCGAGGUGCCCUAAUCUGAACAGGCACCGCUGUGCCUUUGGAGGGGGCCAGUGCCCACACCGCUGGCUGUGCUUGCAGGUUGCUUUUGACUCUGCUCUCCACUUCCUGUGACUUUUCAAGAAGAAACAGAGUGUGGGAGGAACUUUAUUUUUCUCUUCACCUUUGCAAAAAUGCGGAGGUGCCGACUGCUCCUCUCCAUCUGAGGUUCAAGAGGAGGUGUGGCGGUAGUAGAAGCCUUCAGAGAGGAAACAGUCCUUGGUGGUACAACAGCUGAAGACUGGCAGCCCAGGAUAACACAGACUGUUUUGCUCUUCGCUGGGCCAGCUCUGCUCACAGGCAAAAAGCUUGCACCUCUUUAGCCUACCACGAAGACCUCCUUAACUCCAGCUGCCCGCUAAAGACCCAAGGCUCUGACUUUGAAUCGCGUACCACCUUGGGAAAUGUGAAGGCAAAGUGACCGCUGAUCUCUAGGAAAAGAGGAGACACUUCCACAGCUCAAAAAGAGAGAGAGAUGGACAACACAACUAUCGUUGAUGAGACCGUUGUCAACGCCAGUUUGGUAGAGUGCGUCUUCCAAGCAGACUUUCAGUAUUCCUUCUUCACGAUUGUCUACAGUACGGUCUUUGUCCUGGGCCUCCUGGGGAAUGGGGCCGCCCUGCACCUCCUGACCUGCCAGGCAAUCAGCAUGCCUCGCUCCUACGUCUACCUGGUCAACUUAGCCGUGGUGGACACCCUGUUUGUCUGCGUCCUGCCUUUCAAGAUCCAUUAUCACCUCAACCGGAACAACUGGAUCUUUGGGGACAUUGCCUGCCGGCUGACAGGGAGCAUGUACUUCCUCAACAUCUACCUCAGCAUCGCCUUCUUCACCUGCAUCUGCCUUGACCGCUACGUGGCCGUUUUGCACCCUUUUGUGUACAUCCGGAUCAAGGGCGCCCACUACGGGCUGGUGGCUGCGGUCCUCUGGGUGACGGCAGUGAGCAUCGCCGCCCCGCUGGUCCUCGGGGGGCCCCUCAACUUCAACCGGAGCAACACGACCGUCUGCUUUGAGAGUUUUGGGCUGGAGGAGUGGACCGGGCGCAUGAUGCCCUACAACGUCUGCGCGCUGAUAUUUGGCUUUGUGGUCCCUUUCGGGGUCAUCCUGAUCAGCUACCCUCUGAUCGCCCGGCGCAUCUCUCGCAUCCCCCGCAGCGCCCGCAAGAGGAAGGCCCUGGGCACCAUCUACCUCAUCCUCUUCAUCUGCACCACCUGCUUCCUCCCAUACCACCUCACCCACCUGCUGCACUUCCUCAUGCGGGCUGGGCUGAUCCGGGAGUGCCGCUUUGCCCUUGUCAUAUACAGGAUGCGCCGCAUCACUCUGGCCUCGGUCAGCUUCAACUGCUGCCUGAACCCCAUCUUGUACUACUUCACCUCAGCCAGCAGGCGGUGCCGCUGGAGACUUCCCUUCAGGACCAGGGCCACAAAAGUCUACACCAUCUGUGGUCGGCAAGGCAACGCUUGCGCACCCACCAACCUACGCAUUGCCGGACCAAGGCGGGGGGAAAGGAGGCAGCAAGUUCAGAUGAUAUCGAGAGGGGAAAUGGUUUUCUGGAACUGUUCAGAAAACACAUGAGAACCUCGGGAGGUGAAGGAACAAGCAUGGGGAAAGGCCCCGGGUCCCUCUGUGGGAAGAGUCACAAGACACUGGGAAGGCUACGUACGGAAUUCCUGCUCAAUCUUUUG